AUGUCAUUGUUUUCAAGGAAUUCAUUGCAUUCUCCAAAGAGAAAAUCACAACAAUCACAACAACCCCCCAGACAACCUCCAAUAGGACGACAACAUGGUUCAUUACUUGGAUCACUCAGAAAAUCAGAUACUCCAAUGACGUCUACACCUACCAACGAUGUCAAUAGGAAAACGAUCACUGAUAAAUUGGUUAGUGAUUGUUAUUCUAAACGUUCGGUUGAAAGACGAGGGAAUCAAAUUCCGUCAUUAAUUUACAACACUCACAUUUCAAUUCUUGAAUAUUCACAAUAUGCCAAUGCACCCCCUCCACCUCAACUUGGAAUCAAUCAAGUAGGGAGCGUAAAGGAAAGAGUAUUGGUAUUGUGUACGAAACCUUCAGGAGAGAUUGCCCUUCAAAAGGGGAAAUUCAAUGCACCUAAAGAUAUUUAUCAAAUUGGAAGAACUUGGGACCUUCACGAAUUGAAAGCAGUUAAGAAAGUGAAUUCAGACGCUAUGAUAUUACAAUUGAAUAAAGAUUAUUAUUGGAAAACAAAUGAUAGCGAUAAAGAUGCCGUUUGGAAAUUCUGUCGUUCGGUUACUGAAGCAUACGGCAAACAAUUUGGUAAAUAUCCUCAACUACAAGGAUUUAGUGUCGCCGACUUUAAAUUACCUGCAACUCCAGUACAAAGAUCCAUUAGUGACAGUAACAAAAAGGUAGGUCCCGGUCAAUAUUCUAAUCAGAUACCUGAUAUGUAUAAAGAUAUAGACUUUACAGCUAAUGGGAAAUUACCAAUGAAACCAAUGAUGGUAUUAGCUCUGGAUAGGCCAGGAAAUGUUGCGCAUGUGGAGCCAGUCAAGAGUAGAGAACCUAGUCUCGACUCUAAUAGACAACAAAUACGAUCACAACCAAUGUAUCCAAGAAGUGGCAGUAUUGGAAGUGGUGGUAAUCAGCUGUUUAGUUCAAAAGAGUCUGUUGAUAGAUCGUAUGAUACCAAGAGUCGUGAAUCACCAUUAAGGAACUAUGUUUCCAAUACCGACAAAACACCCAUUGAGCAAGACAGAGAUGCCCCAGAAUCAUUAGAAAGUGCUGCCCGGACAGGAAGAAUCUUACAAGAAAGAUUGCUGCGUUUUUCAUUAACUCCCGAACCACAACAAUCAACUGGGGAUGCAUUGAAGGAAUUCUCAGAUGCUAUUCCUCCAAGAAUACCUAUGACUCCUGAUUUUGGAAUUGAAGAAAUCACCGAUGAUAGUGAUGUCGAACCAACAAGUGCCCCUCAAAGUAUAUCCAUAAAGAAGCGUCCCCUGCAACAACAGCAGCUGUUAAAAAAGUUUGCGAGUGAAUCUCCUAGAGCUUCUCAAUUUAUGGCAGAGUCAACUCAACUUGAUAUGAAUCAAUCGAUACAAGAUCUUGAGAAGAUGUUAGAUACGAGUAUUAAUAAGUCCAAUGUGAGUUUGAGUGCUGGCGGUGGUAGAGAAGGAUCUGUUGAUCAUAGUUUACCAGUUUUUAAAAUUGAAGGUGAGAAUGGGAAAGCUAUUACUGUUAAUGAUAAAUACAUUGAAGCUGAGCCAUCACUUGAACCCGGUUUAAAUAUUGUUAAGAAAAUGGAAGGGGUUUCGCCUAUUGAUGAAAAUAAGAUUGAAAAGGAUCCUGAAGUUGAUGAAAUUUUUGAUGAAAUAGGUUGGUCAGUUAAAGAUAAUUCGGAAUCUUUAAUUAAGAAAUUAAAUAAUGAAUUAACUAAUGUUAAACAAUUGGCUGUACAAGAAUUAGUUUCGGUUAAUUUAUCAGAAAGUCAAACUAAUGAUAUCACCGUCUCGAUUGAAGAGGUUGAGAAUUUGAAUCAAAUUUUCCAAAAAAUGGAAAUUGAUUUGAAAUUUUUAACUCCAGAGAUUAAUUUAAUUGAUGAAAAUUCUCAUGGGUUACAAGUUAAGUUUAUCAAUAAGAAAAUGUUAUAUAAUGAUUUGAAAUCAAUUUUGGAUAAAGUUAGUGUCAAUAUUGAAGAAUUGGAUGAUAUUUCUGACUUUAAAUCGUUUGAUGAUUUACGUUUAGUUGGACCAUUAGAGAUGAAAUUACUAAAAUUAUAUAAUGCAAUAAGUACGAUAAGAUCAGAUAGUGAUCAAACUGAUGGAUUGAAUUCAAUGAAGGCAUUACAACAAUAUCAAUCAAAAUAUGAUAAGGUUAACUUAAAUUUUGUCAAGAAUUUUAAUCAAUUUAUCAGAGAUGAAUUCCAAUCGAUUAUUAGGAAAUGUUCAGAAGAUUUUACUAGAUUUCAACCAUCUAAUUUAUUGAUUCCAUUGAACAGAUUAAUUGUAUAUUCCGGGUUGACUUAUUUUAUUAAGGAAGUUGCCGAACGUGAAUUUAGAGACUUGAUUCAAUUUGUUAAUUCCUUAUUUAGUGGAUUUUUAGAGUCCUGGAUCAAAUCAAAAUUACAAACUAUCUUGUUGGCACAACAACAGAACGCUAAUCUCGGAGAACAAAAUCACGAACUUGUCCAAUCCAUGACAAGUUCCAUUCUGUCGAUGAGCAUGAGUGAUUCUUUGGAUGGAACACCAUUGAGAAAGUCUAGGACGUUACGUCUUUCAAGAAAAAUGGGCAAAUUUGGUGGAUUAUUACAUGACAAUGAAGGAGGUACCCAAAAGAACAAAUUAGAAACCAUUCGAAGAAAAAUGACCACAGGAUUAGGUGGAUCUGAAAUUGAUGAUCCGAAAUUAAUUAUUGCAAUUGUGGAAGAUGCAAGACUUGUGAUUUCAUAUGUUCAAUAUUUCAUUGGGAUGUUUUUCCAUUAUGAUAAUAGUACUACCAUGAAUGAUUUCGGGGAAUAUUUACAAGUGAAACCAUUUAAUGACAGGAGGAAAUUGAUUGAUGAUUUGCCAAAUAUUGAUACUGUUAAUGUGGAUAAGAAUUAUAAUUCAAGUGAUUUGAUUAGUAAUAUGACUAAUAUAUUUGGUAAUUUUAAUAAUAUAUUUAUGAAAAAGGUUAAUCCUGUGGAAUUAAACAUACCGGUUAUUUUAUUAUAUUUGGAAAAUUCGACUAUCAAUAUUCAAGCUAAGAAUCAAGAAUUCUUAUUGAUAAAUUUCCUUAAGAAAUUGAAUGAUAAAUAUAAAUCAUCAUGGCGUAAAUUUGUCAAUUCUCAAGUUGAAUUGUUGAAUAAUUCAAUUAUAGUUGCAAAAUGUGGAGUAUUAUCAUCAGUUAAGAAUAUCAAUUAUGUGUUGUUAAUAACGGAAAGUUCAAUAGAUAAUAGAGACAUUAGAGGUCUUGCCGUUAAAGAUAUGAUAGAUAAAGCAUAUGAAGAAAUUUCCGAUUCUUUAAUUAAUUUAUUUUUGAGAGAAGAUCCAUUAUUAAAGAAUCAUGAUCUCGAUGAUAAAGAACGUGAAUAUAGAAAUGUCAGUAUAUUACAGAAUAUCUUUUAUAUUUUGCAACAAUUCCAAGAUUUUGGAAAUACUACAAAUGAUACUACUAAGAAAUUGAUUCAAAAAUUGGAAAGUAUUUUUAAACAAGUUGAAAAGGAAUAUUUCCAAAAACAAUUAAACAAGAAUAUCGGGAAAUUGGUUGAAUUUGUAAGUAAUUACGAAGCACUUGAGAAGAUGCAUAGUGGUAAAUACAAUAAGAAAUACGUUAAAUCAAUGUUGGCCAAUUAUACCCAAAAGGAUAUUUCAUUGAAAGCCAUGGAAAUUAGCAAAAAGUUCGAAAAACAUUUCAUUACUGGGAAUGAUAUGGUUGAGAAAGAUAUGGUUGAUAAGUUAUGGAAUGACCUUUGUGCUGUAUUUGUUGACUAUUUCCGUAGGUUGGAUUCUAUUUUGAGACGUGAUUUUGAUAGGGAUUUCGAAUAUAAUGUCACUAAAGCUGACAUUCAACAUAUUUUUAAAUCUAUUCGUAAUUAG